AAGUCGGCAGAGUUGUUGGUCACACUGCAAGCGGCGAAGAAACAAAACAUAAACAAAUAUACCUUAAUUUCGUUUUAAGUCCCGUGGACUGAAAUUAAAUAUACAAAAUGCUAUCAUUGACAGACCCAGCCAACUCGGGCGGAAUUCCCGACAAAGCCUGGCAGCCGCAUUUCGUCACUUUGGAAACGAGCAUGGGUGAAAUCACCGUGGAACUCUACUGGAAACAUGCCCCCAAUACGUGCCGCAAUUUCGCAGAGCUCUCGCGAAGGGGCUACUAUAACAACGUGGUGUUCCACCGGAUAAUUAGGGACUUUAUGAUCCAGGGCGGGGAUCCCACGGGAACCGGACGCGGCGGCACCUCUAUCUACGGUUCGGAAUUCGGGGACGAGCUGCACGGCGAUCUGAAGCACACGGGAGCGGGAAUCCUCUCGAUGGCCAAUUCUGGACCGGACACCAAUGGGUCCCAGUUCUUCAUCACCCUGGCGCCCACCCAAUGGUUGGAUGGCAAGCACACGAUCUUCGGAAGGGUCUACACCGGCAUGGAGGUGGUCAAGCGGAUUGGAAUGGUGGAGACCGACAAGAACGAUCGUCCGGUGGAUCCCUUAAGGAUCAUCAAGGCCAAGGUGGAGAAACUGUGAGGUAAUGAGACAGGCUUGAAAGAAACUUAACUUUGAAAUUUAGAAAUUAUAACGAACUGGAACAAGAACUAGUUUCCUAGAGGCUUCUAUACUUGAAAA